CUCUGUUUCUAGUCCUUUAGAAUGGAGCUGAUUCAGAGCUUCUUGAAUUUAGUAGCUCCGCCGUUCACCGUCGUCUCUCUCGGCCUAUUACUGCCGCUUUACGUGGUUUUCAAGUACUUCUUCUCAUUGGUUAGAGGUUUGUUUAGCGAAGAUGUCACCGGGAAAGUCGUUCUGAUCACCGGAGCUUCCUCCGGCAUCGGUGAGAAUUUGGCAUAUGAGUAUGCCAAGAGAGGAGCUCAAUUAGCGCUUGUAGCUAGACGAGAGAGAUCACUUGAGGAAGCUGCUGAAGCAGCUCGCUAUUAUGGCUCCCCUGAGGUUAUCACCAUUGCAGGAGAUGUCUCCGAGCUGUCGGACUGUCGGCGAAUCAUCGACGACACGAUGAAUCAUUUCGGAAGAUGUAAGCUUGAAUCAGAAGAAGAAAUUCAAAUCGGUUGGAUUGGAUUGUUUAUGAUGAAUUCUGUAAUGGAUGCAGUGGAUCAUUUGGUGAACAAUGCCGGCAUUGUCAACAUGACUCUGUUUGAAGAAAUCAAUGAUAUCACUUCCUUCAAACAAAUAAUGGAAACGAACUAUUGGGGGUCUGUUUAUAUGACUUGGCUAUCAAUUCCGUAUUUGAAGAACAGGAGAGGGAAGAUCAUAGUGGUUUCAUCGGCGGCGGCGUGGUUGCCGUCACCCAGAAUGAGCAUUUACAAUGCGAGCAAGGCGGCGCUGAGGAGUUUUUUUGAGACGUUGAGAGUGGAAAUGUCGCCGGAGAUUGGGAUCACCGUCGUGACGCCCGGCUUUGUUGAGUCGGAGAUAACUCAGGGGAAGGCGUUGUAUUCUCACGGGAGAAUGGAAGUUCAUCAGGACGUUAGAGAUGCUCUGGUGGGGGCGAUUCCGGUAGAUACGGCGGCGGCCUGCGCUAAGGCAAUCGUGAGGAGCGCCUGCCGGGGUGAUCGGUACUUGACGGAGCCGUCGUGGUACAACGCUGCGUAUUACUUAAAGGCGUUUUGCCCGGAGGUGGUGGAGUGGUGCUACCGUAUAUUGGUGUAUACAACGCCGGGAACCUCCGCCGCGGAGGCGCUCAAUAAACAGAUUCUGGAUCUCACCGGAGCCAAGACGGCCAUGUAUCCUCCUUCCAUUCACUCCGUCAAGAUCAACGACGACUAAUUUAAAAUCUCUGGCCGUUAAACCUCUGUUUUUCUGCAGCUUACUUGCCAGUUCCUCUGUAGCUACGAAUGAUUAUGAGGCCUUUAAAGUCUUUAAAUCUUUGUAAUUUACGUAAUUAAAGCUUUAGUUUUGUUUAA